CCAACAUAAGCACAUUCACAGAUGUCUCUGCACGCGUAGAGCCGUCUCAGCCGUCACGACAGAGCAGCCUGCUUCUGUGCUGAAGCAACGAGCCGCGAACAGAGAGGAGCACAGAGGGGCAGACAGAGAUACAAAGAGAGGUAGUGAGGACAAGGGUGGGAGGGAGAGCAAGAGAAAGAAGAGGUGAAGAGCCACAGAGCAGAAACACAUACAUCGCUGCCACUCUGACGUCUCCCCUCAUGCACCAGUUUCGGCGUGUGUGAGCGCCAGAAGAGGAGAGAGGAAAAGGAGGAAAACAAAUCCUGGGAGCUUGGGUCCUCUCUUUGCUUUACAUUCUCCUCUUCUUUUUUUUUAUCUCCAUCAUCCAAGGCAUGAAGACGGGUUUCAGCUGGCUUGGCAGAAUAAAAGAAAGGGAUGCUUUGAACGCUGCCUCUCUUUCGACAAGGGACAAGGAAGAGGAAGGGGGGGACAACACACAGCAGGGACAAAAACAGGAUUUCUAGAAUGAAUGGGAGUCCUUCUGCUGCAUGCGCUGGGAAUAGCAGUCUCACACUGAAGUCUCUAAAUGAGGAGGAUUCUAUGCUGUGUUAAAGCUGCGUUGGCUGCUGUGGGUAGAUUUGUUGUCUUCUUUGGAGGGGGCCCAACCCUGAGGACGUGAAACUCGUUGGGAGUGUUUGGAUGUCACCCGUGCCACAGCUUCUACUACGUCUGACCACCUUCAGUUGCACACAUCUGUGCUCUCCAAGCGGCACCAAUUAAGAGCAAGCUCGAGGCAAAGAGUAUCUGACGACGCCGACGCAAGGAGGAAGGGAAUACACUGGAGGAGGGGCCUGUGUACUUGCAGGGGACAGACAGAGUGCUGCUUGUCUGGAGUUGCCUGUCUGCGUAAGUAGGCACGGCAGAGGAAGAGCAGAAAAGGAGAUGAUCGGCUGAAGUGUCAUGGAGGAUGUCACCGCUAGGUAGCCCAUUCAGUAUGCAGUGUGGUGGCCUUCCCAGCUGCGCAUCCCCAGUGGUGCCAUGAUCCAGUUCUAACUGUGGGUAAUGCCGAGCCAAAUAACCAAUCCUGGAGAUGCCGAAGAGAAGAGAUAUUCUUGCCAUCGUGUUGAUCGUGUUACCCUGGACUCUGCUCAUCACUGUUUGGCACCAAAGCGCUAUCGCUCCACUCCUCGCCAUCCGCAAGGCCUGUCACCACCUAGUAAAAGAGAUCUUUAUCAUUCCAGAGAGGCUUGCAGUCCGCCAACACCGGCUCUCAGAUGACGGUGUUGAGGGCAAGAGGGAGGCAGGUGGCCAGGCGCAGGACUCCAAGGAAUACUGCGCCUCAGAUAAGGACAUUGUGGAGGUGGUGAGGACAGAGUAUGUGUACACAAGGCCUCCGCCCUGGUCCGAUGUGCUGCCUACUAUUCACAUCAUCACCCCCACAUAUAGUCGCCCCGUGCAGAAGGCAGAGCUGACACGGCUAGCAAACACCUUCCUCCAUGUUCCCAACCUGCACUGGAUCCUGGUGGAGGACUCCCAGCGGAGAACAACUCUUGUCACGCGACUCCUCCGAGAAACGGGGCUGAACUACACCCACCUCAAUGUAGAGACGCCCAGGAACUAUAAGCUGAGAGGUGACACUCGGGACCCGAGAAUCCCCAGAGGGACCAUGCAGAGGAAUCUGGCCCUGCGCUGGCUGAGGGAGACUUUCAACGCCAACAGCAGCCAAGCUGGAAUUGUCUACUUUGCUGAUGACGACAACACAUACAGCCUGGAGCUGUUUGAGGAGAUGAGAUCGACUCGGAAAGUUUCAGUGUGGCCUGUGGCCUUUGUGGGAGGCUUGCGGUACGAGUCCCCCAAGGUCAACGCAGCCGGGAAGGUCUACGGCUGGAAGACGGUGUUCGACCCCCAUCGGCCCUUUGCCAUUGACAUGGCUGGCUUCGCUAUCAACCUGAGGCUCAUCCUUUUCAAGCCGCAGGCAUACUUUAAGCUUCGAGGGGUGAAGGGAGGCUACCAGGAGAGUAGUUUGCUCCGGGAACUUGUCACACUCAACGACCUGGAGCCCAAAGCCGCCAACUGCACUAAGAUUCUGGUUUGGCACACAAGAACAGAGAAGCCUGUUCUCGUAAACGAGGGGAAAAAAGGAUUCACAGACCCCAAUGUGGAGAUUUGACCGUUUUUCCUCAGAACACGGUGGUUGGCCUUGAACCUGCAGAGUGGAGAAAACGGUCAAGUUUCUUGAUAAGUGCAACCAGCGCUCAUGUCUUAAUCAUCAGAACAUUUUAAAAAAAGGGAAGUGCGGGGCCUUUUUGAAGGGGGUUCUAAUCCUCUUGACUGAAUCUGACAUUUUUAAAAUAAGGACCAAAAACAGUACAAACGUAUUAAAGCACAGAUUAGUAAGAGGUGGCGGUGGCUCGUCAGGUCCACCACUGAAGUGCAGAGGAGACGACGUGAAAGGACGUCUCGCUGGGUCGACGUGGACAGCCGUAACCCGCCCCGCCACCGAACGACGGCCCGUUGAAGACCACCCCGAAUGAAAGACAGCACAAUAUGAAAAGCAUAGAGCCAGCGGAUUCAACCAAACAAGCAGGUUAAAAAAAAAUAUCCUUCACCUCAUAUGACAAAGCAAAGGAAAUAAAAACACAAAUGGGCCUGGAUCUGCACACGGCACACCAGAGAAAUUCCUCUCGGAUUUAGAGACACGGCCGACAUCAUCAGCCUGGAUAAAUACAUGACUCCAAGGACAAAGAUGUCUCAUGUGGAUUUUCCUUUUGAGCAAACACAAACAUAGCAAGGGAAGGAAUGUUCUUUUGAUAACUAUGAAAUGUUUGCUUUAAUUUAAUUUAACCGGUUUAGGCGUUUUACAAACACUUGACUUGCUAGUUCAAUACUACUGACUCUUACCUACAUUUACUCUUGGGUUAUCAUCGUCCAUUUUAUAGUGUCAUUAAAACUCAUGCAUUUAAGUCCACCCAUUCACUUGAAGAAAGAAGUCUACCCCUUGUGCUCGGGAGUCGAAUUAUGUAAACACUAAAAUCUCUUAGCACUUGAAAAACACACAAAUGUGAUGAAAAAUGAGAACAAUCAGAUGAGAAAUUUUGACAAAUGCAUUGUAAUUACUGUAUUUAUAUGUAAAAAUGAUGAAGACUGACACACGACAAGGCACAGGUUCACUCUAGGUUCAGCUCAUGGAAAGACUAAUAGCACAUUAGCAACUUCAUUUCGUAAGAACAAGCCCAGUUUGUGACACAUUCACAACACAAGAGACGAGAACUUUGAAUCGUGGCAGAUUCACAAACACCGACCUGACUUCCCUCCAUGUUGGUUAAUAUUUCCCCUGUCUAUACACACUGCACUGCACUGGUUACCAAGGGUCAGCUGUGUGUAGUUAUGGAUUAAAAAAACUACAGCUUUCACAUUUGAAAUCAGACUAUACAUGCAACAUAAAAGUGACAGCAGGCUAAAGAAAAGCACAAUGAAAAUAAAACUAAUAUAAAUAAAAUAAUAACUUGGUAGCAAUUACGACACGCCAUCCUCAGUACUGAAGCCUCACUGCUUUCUGUUGGUGUACCCAUGAGCUGUAUACAUUAAGCGGAUCACUAAAGGGAGUCACUACACCUCUAACGAUAAACAUCAGUAGCGAUGGCAUUGUACAUUUUAACAAAGUUAUUCUGUGCCUCAUAUAAUAGAAACUCUCCUCUGCUUGAUAAAUCACCCAUCUUACGCACAUUGGUGGUUCUUAUCUAACAUUGUCCGGCAAGAAGUAGCUGGAGAUAAUUCAAACACUGAGCCUCUGUACUGUUGCCAGAUUAUCUCUGAGCACCCACACCCCACCUACCCCACCUCACACACACACAAAAAUAUCCCCAAAAUACGCUGCUGCACUAUUAAAACUUUACAAAGACGCUAUAUCUUCUCAGGCUCAUCAGCCGGAGACAGUAUGUUAUUACACAUUUCACCGGGAAUAUGAUAAGAUGGAACAUGAGGACAAAAGACUGUUUCAUAUCUCUCAUCACACUGGCUGUUUUCAUUGACUGCAUGAUAUUACACUUUCGUGGGGAUCAGCCAUGGAGAUCACCGACUAUCCUCCCAUUAUUUAUUCAAAAAUCAAAUUUAAUAUAUUUAUUUAUGUAUUUAUUUCAAGCGUGGAUGUGCAAUUGAAUCACGGCAGUGUUUUCUCGCCCUAAAAAUCUCUGCUCUCUUAAACAGCAUGCGUACAUGCAGUAUAUACUGUACACAUGGAUUACCAUAGAGAUCAAUAACAAUAGGUACCAACAAGUACUCUAGCACUGCUGAUAGCUAAGUUGCACUUGAGUGGUCUUUAAUCAAACUAAAAGAAUCCAUUUGAAACGUUUUAGCACUGAAGCUAAUUACGACUUGUAGUCCAAAGUGGGAAAAUGCCAGUGUGUAUAAAAAGAAAAGACUCUCCUUUAAAAAGCAGCAUUAUUUGUUUUCAACAUGUUGUUUAUCAUUUCCUCUUCAAGUGAAACUAAAUCCCCGCUCUCAUCUUCUAAAUGUUGCUUUUGUCAAGUUGCCGGCAAACAAAUGUCAUGUGGUGUACAGAGCAGCAUGUGGUUGGACUGGUUAAAUAAGAGUCUGUGAUGUUUCUCUCUGUGGUGUGUCCUGAAGCAGCAGAACAACAAAAGGGCUUCACCUCUCAAGUGAUGCCAUUACGUCGCCCUCCAUUUGAUUUGAAACUUCUCUGAUUCCAACAGAUGACGCAUCGAGCAAUAUAUUAGUCUAUUAGAACCAACCUUCCUACGGUAUACAUCAACUUUAGCAUUUAAUGUCAGUUAAUGAGCUUCUGAGAGUUUCUCUAAGGCACAAAACACACAAGUCCUCCCUUUUUCCUCAUCUCCACUGUCAUCUUCCAGCCUCAUGUGAUUCACAUUUUAUGCAUGUGAAUGUUAAGGUUGUUUAUUUGCCACAGCAGUUCUGUGUCAGAGAAAGAUGUUAGUUGAAUCAAGAGAAAUAAAUAACUGAGAAGAACUUCA